AUGUCGAACUUCGUUUCGUCACCCAGAAGUAUCCCAUCAGAUGCUGCACAGCUUCUCAAUUCUUCACACAUAUCGUCGUCUCUAGGAAGGUCUGCCAAUUCGCCACUGAGCAGUCAACCCAAUGUGGCCUACAGCGAUGCUCUGCAAGGUGCCAGUGGGCGUGAGCGUGAAAUGAGAAUGCCAGCGUCCAUCAGAAGUACAGUGGAAGUCCCCAAAGUAGUGGAUGUCACCGGAGAAAAGGUUCGUGAAUCGUUUGAGCAGUUCAUCGAAGAGUUUAUUGACGAGGCUUCGGUCAAUGACGACUGGCUGGGGAAGAUCUACUUAGCCCAGAUAGAAAGCAUGCGUGUUUUCGAAUACAGUACUUUGUACGUGGAUUACCAGCACUUGGUGGCAAGCGAAAACGGAGUGUUGGCCACUGCGAUUUUAGAGCAGUAUUAUCGUUUCAACCCGUUUUUGUUGAAGGGUUUGCGUAGAUUACUCAAGAAGUAUGCUCCAUCAUUGUUGUAUAUGAAUUUGUUGGGCAACAACGAUGCCGAUUUGAAGUCUUCGCGCAUGGACGAGGCUUCGUCAUCGAGUACCUCGGGUGCUACUUCCAAUGAGAGAGUGUUUCAGAUCUCCUUCUUUAACUUACCAGUUACUCACAGAAUCAGAGACAUUCGUACAGAUAAAAUCGGUUCCUUGAUGGCCAUUUCGGGAACUGUCACUAGAACUUCGGAGGUGAGACCAGAAUUGCACAAGGGAACAUUUACAUGUGACAUGUGUUCUGCCGUGGUGGAUGGAAUCGAGCAGAUCUUCAAGUAUACCGAGCCCACUGCGUGUCCCUCCUGUCCAAAUCAGUCAUACUGGACGUUAAACGUGGCCAAGUCUCAAUUUAUUGAUUGGCAGAAGGUGAGAAUCCAGGAAAAUGCGAACGAGAUCCCAACGGGAUCGAUGCCUAGAACUUUGGAUGUGAUCUUGCGUGGAGAAACCGUCGAAAGAGCGAAGCCCGGAGACAAGUGCAAGUUCACCGGAACUGAGAUUGUCAUUCCCGAUGUCAGUCAGUUAGGAUUACCAGGAAUGAAAGCUCAGUCUAUUAAGGAAAGCGGACCAGUUGCUUCCGACUUGAAUUCAGGUGUCACUGGUUUGAAGGCGCUUGGUGUGCGGGAUCUCACCUACAAAUUGGCUUUCUACGCAUGUCACGUCAGCUCGCUUAUUCUGAAAGUAACAGAAUCGUCCGAGGUGGCUGAAAAGGAAAUUGAAUUCCAGGGCCCCAAUGAUCAGGAGGUGUUCUUGAACUCGUUAUCAGAUGCUGAAGUGUCACAAUUAAAGGAAAUGGUCAAGGACGAACACGUCUACAGCAAGUUGGUGCGUUCCAUCUCGCCUGCUGUUUUUGGCCAUGAGACCAUUAAGAAAGGUAUUUUGUUGCAAUUGUUGGGAGGUGUUCACAAACAAACUGUUGAUGGUAUCAAUUUGAGAGGUGACAUCAACAUCUGUGUUGUGGGAGAUCCAUCCACUUCAAAGUCGCAGUUCUUGAAGUAUGUUUGUGGAUUUUCGCCUAGAGCAGUCUACACUUCUGGAAAAGCAUCGUCGGCAGCUGGUUUGACCGCUGCGGUGGUUAAGGAUGAAGAAAGUGGAGAGUUUACCAUUGAAGCGGGUGCUCUUAUGUUGGCUGAUAACGGAAUCUGUGCGAUUGAUGAAUUCGACAAGAUGGACAUUACUGAUCAAGUUGCCAUUCACGAAGCUAUGGAACAACAGACCAUUUCCAUUGCCAAAGCAGGUAUUCAUGCUACGUUGAAUGCUCGUACCUCCAUUUUGGCUGCUGCUAACCCAAUCGGCGGAAGAUACAACCGUAAGAUGGGAUUGCGUGCCAACUUGAAUAUGACUGCUCCAAUUAUGUCCAGAUUUGACUUAUUUUUUGUCGUUUUGGAUGACUGCAAUGAGAGAAUUGAUACACAAUUGGCUUCCCAUAUUGUUGACUUGCACAUGUUGAGAGAUGAGGCUAUUGACCCUCCUUUCUCCGCAGAGCAAUUAUCCAGAUACAUCAGAUAUGCCAAAACCUUCAAGCCAAAGAUGACCAAAGAUGCCAGAGACUUCUUGGUGGCCAAGUAUAAGGAAUUGAGAAGCGAUGAUGCUCAAGGACUUGGAAGAUCUUCGUACAGAAUCACCGUUAGACAGUUGGAGUCGAUGAUUAGAUUGUCCGAAGCAAUUGCCAGAGCCAAUUGCACUGAAGAGAUCAGCCCAACAUUUGUUUCGGAAGCUUAUGAUUUGUUGCGUCUGUCGAUCAUCAGAGUUGAGAUGGACGAUAUCCAGAUUGACGAUCCAGUGGCAGAUGCCAUGGAAGAAGAGAUUGAGGACGAUGAAGAAAUGGGCAAUGCAGAAGAACCGGCACCAUAUGAGGACAGAACUCAGCAGAGAAGAGCUGAUAAGGCUACUAUCACGUACGACAAGUAUGUGAGUAUGAUGAACCUUAUUGUCAAGAAGGUGUCUGAUCAUGACCAGGACGGUGGUGAAGGAAUGACCAAGGACGAGAUCGUCGACUGGUAUUUGCUCCAGAAGGAAGAAGAUUUACAUUCCGAGAGAGAGUAUAUGGCUGAGAGAGCAUUGGCAUACAAGGUGUUGAAACGUUUGGAGAAGGAUAAGAUGUUGAUGAGUGUCACGCAAAAUUUGGAUGAGGACGUGCUUCCAGGGGACGAGUACGAGCGUGCAAACCAGUCCACUCGUACCGUAUAUAUCACCCAUCCAAACUGUGCCAUUUUAGGUUUCUUCGACAACCAGGUAAGGGAGGAUGAGCCAGAGACUGGCGAUGAUUAA